AUGAAGAUACUGGGCCAGGUUGCUUUCUUGCUUUUGCUUGGAGGAAUCUGGUGUCAGAACAACCGUAAUGCUAAAGCUAGUGGCAGGUCCACCAAGAAGGCUGGUGGGAACCAAGGAGGGGAUGUUGGCCAGUCUCCUCUUGCAGUCGAUAUGACUCCGGGAAGCACAGCGAGCACUAGAGGGACUGGAGGCACAGCUGAAGCAGGACGGGAAGCCGCUGCAGGAGCUCGAGGAGCCGGGCAACAGACAGAUGAUAUGAGGCUGCAUUUCCUCAAGAACACCCAAGUUACAUGUAAUGAUGGAACAGCCGCUGGGUUUUACCUAAAGGAGUUCAGAGGAAGCCGCCGAUGGCUGUUAUUUCUGGAAGGUGGCUGGUGCUGCCACAGCAGAGAGACCUGUGAUUCCAGGUACCAAAAUAUACCCCGACUAAUGAGCUCAUCAGGGUGGCCCCGGACAAAAAGAGGAACUGGAAUAUUGUCUUCUCAAGCGGAGGAAAACCCACAUUGGCAUAAUGCAAACAUUGUAUUCAUUCCAUACUGUUCCAGUGAUGUGUGGAGUGGCACUGGGCCCGCCCCAACCCCUCCUCCAAGGCCACGACAAGGCAGAGAAAAAGAGAGAGAUAGAACUACAAAUGCAACUGAGUACACCUUUAUGGGAUCCCUGAUCAUCCGCGAGGUCAUCAAAGACCUCAUCCCCAAAGGAAUCAAGCUGGCCAAGGUUGUCAUGCUGUCUGGCACAAGCGCUGGCGGAACAGGUGUUUUGCUGAAUAUUGAGAGAGUGGCCAGUCAGCUGGAGCAGCUCGGCGCAGAGGCUCAGGUCCGAGGCCUUGUGGACUCUGGGUGGUUUCUAGAGAGUAAACAGCAGAGAUCACCUAACUGUCCCGAAACCAUUUCCUGCUCACCUGAAGAUGCUAUCAAGAUAGGACUCAGAUUGUGGAAUGGGGUUGUGCCUGAUAGAUGUCAGCAGCUCUAUAAGAGAGGAGAGGAGUGGCAGUGUUUCUUUGGCCACAAACUGUACUCUACCUUGACCUCCCCUCUGUUUGUUGUGCAGUGGCUAUUUGAUGAGGAACAGUUGAGAGUGGAGAACAUCUACAUGGGAGGACAGAGUCUGUCCGAGGAACAGUGGCAGUACAUACAGAACCUGGGCAGGGAGCUCAAGAACUCACUGACAGAUGUCACGGCUGUGUUUGCUCCGUCCUGCCUCUCCCACACACUGAUUACUAAAAGUAACUGGAUGAAUUUCCAAGUUAGAGGCACCUCUCUGCCACGGGCCCUGCACUGCUGGGACAGGAGUCUGGAGGCAACCCGCAACAACAGAACCCCUGCCAAAGGUUGUCCUUUCCACCUGGUGGACACCUGCCAGUGGCCUCAGUGCAACCCCACCUGCCCAGCCUUGGUGGACCAGGCCACCCAGCAGGAGCUCACCCUGCUCCAGAUGCUGGUAGCCAUGGGCCUUGACCUCCAGAAGCUGGGCCUGGAUCCCCAGGGAGAUGCAGAUUCUCUGGCCAGCAUGGUCAGUAAUGGUGGUUAA